AUGGGAUCCCAAACGCCUCAACCCCAGUCGUUCAAAAUUCUCCCCGCUACUGAGGAAGACUUUUUGACCCUCGCACAAGUGGAAUCCAUUUGCAAUGACACGUCCCUCGGAACACCGUUAGAAGCAAACAUCACCCAUAUCAUGUUUGGACCGCCUCAUCCAGAGAACCACAAAUUCCGGGCUAAAGGUCUCGUCGACCAGCUAAACAAAGACCCUACCAUGAAGAACUACAAGGCCGUUGUGGAGGAAGACGGUAGAGAGAAGAUUGUCGCCUGGGCUUCAUGGAACUUUUACCCCGAGGUCACGCCUAUCAAGGAUUGGACCAAUCUCGACUGGCCAGCACCUGCCAAUCGUGAGGCGUGCAACGACAUCAUUGGUCGCAUGACAGCCAUGAGGCAGAAAUAUAUGUCUGGAAGGAGAUAUGCCUUCCUACAAGUGCUUGCCACACUUCCAGAGUAUCGUUGUCGGGGAAUUGGAUCGAGCCUUGUCCGACAUGGCCUUGCCGAAGCAGAGGCAUUGGGCAUAAGUGAUCUUUGGCUGACAGCCUCUGCGCACGGUCAUGAUCUUUAUUUGAAGUAUGGAUUCCGGGACCUUGAAUCCAUUUUCACGCACGAGGAUAUUGCAAAGUAUGGAGGAUCGGGUGACCCAAAGGUCAUGGCAAUGGGACGACUCGGCUAG